UGAAUUUUCACAGAAUUUUCACAUUGCUUUGAAUAACUGAGAAUUGGGCACAACAAACUACUUAGUUUGGGAACUCUUGAAGGAAGAGUAUCAUCUAUUGCAUUUGAUACUCUUGCAUUACCUUCCUAAUCCAGAAAACUACCAGCUUUCAAGUCUAGUAAAGGAAUGGGAGUUGAAAAAUGGAAAGUUAUUAGCUUUCCCAAAAGCUGAAUCAUAUUUUCGUUCUUCUCUUAUUUUCAUUAAAUACACGAAGAUUGCAGGAGAAUAGGUUGACUAAUGAUUAAAGCAGGGUACUAUCCCAUCUCUUUUUCAGAAGAAUGUGACACCAUCUCCUCAUUUCACUUCAAGCACUGUGAAAACACUUUCUCACUUCUCCAACCAAAAGAGGCACAAAUCUCAGCUUUUUGUAAUGAUGUCAUCAUUGCCACUGUCAACAGCAAUUUAAUAAACACCCAGUUUAGGGAGCGGUAAACAAGGUGUGCAAGCUUCUGGAGAGCUGUCGGGAUGCAGCAGAGCGGGGCGGCUGCAGGCCGCGGCUGCACUUUGUGCCCACUACUGGGCGUCCUGUUCUUCCAGGGUGUUUACAUCGUCCUUUCCCUGGAGAUUAAAACAGAUGCCCUUGUCCGGGGUUAUGUUGGAGAAAAUAUCAAGUUGAAAUGCACCUUCAAGUCAACCUCAUCUAUCACUGACAAACUCACCAUAGACUGGACAUAUCGACGUCCCAGCAGCAGUCGCACAGAAUCAAUUUUUCAUUACCAGUCUUUCCAGUAUCCAAGCACAGCGGGCACAUUUCGGGAUCGAGUUUCCUGGGUUGGAGAUGUGUACAAAGGGGAUGCGUCCAUAAGCAUAAGCAACCCUACCAUGAAGGACAACGGGACAUUCAGCUGUGCUGUGAAGAACCCCCCGGAUGUGCACCAUAAUAUUCCAGUGACGGAGCUAAGAGUCACAGAAAGGGGUUUUGGCACGAUGCUCUCCUCCUUUGCCCUUCUUUCCAUUCUUGUCUUCAUUCCCUCAGCUGUGGUGGUUGUUCUGCUGCUGGUGAGAAUGGGGAGGAAGUCUGCGGGGCUGAAGAAGAGGAGCAAAUCUGGCUAUCAGAAGUCGUCUAUUGAGGUUUCAGAUGACACUGACCAGGAGGAGGGUCACUGCAUGACAAAGCUUUGUGUCCGCUGUGCCGAGUGCCUGGAUUCGGACUAUGAAGAGACAUAUUGAUGAAAGUCUGCAUGAUAGAAGAAGAGUCACCUAAUAACAGAAAAUAUCCCAUUCCACUGGCAGCUGAAGCCUCCCAGAGAAGUGGAGUUGGCUUGGACCAUAGUGAUGGAGAAUUCUGGAAGUCAUCAGUAAAGACUUUAGGAGACAUUUAUUUAUUGAAGAAAUGUUCUUUUUGUAUUUAUAAACUGUUCAAAAACUCAGAAGAAACUCAUAACCACCCCUUUUAAUAACUUAUACUGUAAUUGAAUGAAGGAAUUCUUUUCCUAAGUAGAAAGAUCUUUUUUGUUUUGCCUUGGCUCUUGAAUGUAUUACAUACUUUCUUCCAAUUUUUUGAGGGAGAAUCCUAGAUGUUGGCCACACUGCUGAUGCCAAAAUAUGUAUAUAUACUUAAUGAGAUGAGCUUGGAGCUUCCUGAUGUGCUCCCAGACAAAAUGUUUGUUUGGGAUAGCUAUUCUUUGUGUUUUGCUCCAUGGACAUUUUCAGCUGUGAGUUAGCAUACAGCAUAUACUCAUUGGUUUAAUUAUCUCAUCACUAAUUAUUUUUGGGAUACUUGAGUGCAUAACCCCAGUUUUUUUUAGAGUUGGUAGGCUAGGCAGUCAGUGGUUUACUUUGACUGGGUUUUUAAAGUAUUAAAGUGUCAUCAGUUUACAAUAAGGAAGGAAAUGAUGAGGUAGAGGGAUUCCAUUUUUUUUUGUCUUAUGAGGUGCAAUUUGUUAUUUUACUUUCUUGCAGCUGACUGGUUUAUGGUUUCCUUCUUGACUUUUCAGAUCAGAGGCAAGAAAAACUCUUUAAAAGGUUUUUAGUGGGGCUAAGUAGAAUAUUUUACCAGUUAUUUGCAAUGAAAUCAUCUUUUAACCUAUGUUGUCCUUCAGAAGUUGUUUGAUUUCUAAAAUGUGGCAAGUAUGAGCAAACUAAGGUAUUUACAAACUAUUUUUGUGUAAUAUUUGAGAUGAGGAAGUGAGGGUGUACAUAACCUAUACUUCCUCCUUCUGUUCUAUUGGUACCUUCUAUCAACUUCCUCCAUUCUACUGCAGCAACCUAUUUCAAAUUUUAAUUUACAUGGGAUUUUCUAUAAGCCAUUUAGAAAUAUGUAUGACACAGAGUGAAGUAAGUCAGAAAGAGAAAAACAAGUAUCAUAUAUUAACACAUAUAUGUGGAAUCUAGAAAAAUGGUACAGAUGAACCAGUUUGCAAGACAGAAAUAGAGACACGGAUAUAGAAAGCAAACAUGUGGACACCAAGCAGGGGAGGGCGGGUGUGGUGGUGGGAUGAAUUGGGAGAUUGGGGUUGGCAUAUAUAUACGCUAAUAUAUAUAAAAUAGGUAACUAAUAAAAAAAGAAAGAAAUAUUUAUGACAUAUCAGGAAAGGUUGACUGUGCAGUCCUCUGUAAUAGAGGGAUAGAGUUCACUUCUUAAUUAUGAGACACAAAAAUCAUCCUCUCCUCCCAUCUGUAAUUUUUCAACAGGAUAGUCUCUUUCCAUGAUUCUUUGCUAGGUGCCUCAGGAGGUUUCCAUAUUAUAGCAUAAUACUCUGUAUGGUGUAAAAAAAUCACUUUUAUAUUUUUUUGCCAAGAUCUGUGUUUAAACGUUGGGUUAUUAGUUCUGUCUCAUGGAUUUGGCCUGGCCUCUUUUGUUAAUCUAGUCCACCGAUUCGAAAGUCUUAUUAGUUAAUAGAUGUUAUGAUUGAUCUCUGGUCAUGCAAGGAAGAAGGGGCAAAUGCAAGACUGACAGUCUACAUUUCCAGUGGUUAAAUCUCACAGUCUUGGGCUACUUGUCAAGUAUGUGGUUGUCUGGGGCCAAUCUAGUGAGACAGUCUGACACCUCAACACAGAGAGGAAAACAGUUUGAGCAAUAAAAGUAAUUUGGGCUCCUAGGACAUUUUAAGAUAGAGAUCUACUUGUGGGGUAGACUUUCUGUGGGUCCUCAUUUUUUUGAGAAAGAGGUGAUGUUACAGGAACCGAGGUAAAGUCACAUCCCAUUCAGUGAAGAACCAGUUUUGGCUGAGUUUUCUUGUAAUUUCCUUUCAGGCAUGUUAUGAGUAUUAAUCUGGUGGGAAAUGUUUAUCACAGCCUUAAGCCUGCUAUAGUUCCUUCUUCAGGAUUACAGCUUUUGGGUUACAGCAUUUUUUUUCUUCAAAGGAUCACAAAGCAGUGUUUAGACACAUGCCUUUUGAGGAUGGAAGGAAGCUAAGGUUUUGUUUGUUUUUUGUUUUUGUUUUUGCUUUUUUAAACUUACUGUUUUAAUAUCUUCUAAGGUGCUGUUCUCUCUGUUUUUCUUUUUGCUGCUCCAUUAGUUCUUAUCACACUGUAUGGAGACAGCCUUGUCUAGAAAGGGAACUGAAUUCUGGAAGCAUCAGAGGGGGUUAAAAGCCUUUCAGAAUUUUUCUUUGGCUGCUAAAGUCUUUACUUGUUACAUUAUCUUAUGAGUUUUGUCCAUUGAGCUCUUAAUUCUGUUAUCAAAUAUGAACUUAUAAAAUGCUAUGUGUUUUCAAUGUGGCCUGUUACCUCCAGCUUCUUGGGGGCACAUUCUCUGCAGCUCUCAAACUGGACUGUGGUGCUUCACAGGGGGGAUGUUGCAUGUCCCUGUUUAGAAAAGAUUCUGGCGGCCAAAUCCUGAAUCUGAAUGUGUGUCACUCUGUUAUGGUUCCAGAGGGGAGCUGUAAGAAGAACAAUAGGGCAUGGAUCAAGACUCCCAUUUAAUUACACAAUUUAAAACUUUGCUGCCAGAUGAGGCAGCUCCAUCCCUUUGACUCCAGUGUUGGACUGUUAACUGCUGCAUUUCACUGCGUUGUUUGUUUGUUUUUGUAGGAGGGUAUGCGCUACUGGGUCAUGUGCAUAGACGUUGUAACUCUUGAGAUCUUUACCACAUCAUAAUUAAUAAACUUCUUUACACUUUC